AAAAAAGCUCACAACAAGUAGUUCUUGGCUUCACCCAGACGCGCACGGCUCGGCUGGCUAGGAGUCUGGCAGCCGCCGCCAAGGAAACAGCGCUUGCUAUGUGAAGAAGAGCCUCCUAAGUCAUGUCUGAGCCACAGAGAUGGGGAAGCUCGAGGACCACGAGAGGGUGAUCCUCAACGUCGGGGGCACCAGGCACGAGACCUACCGGAGCACCCUCAAGACCCUGCCGGGCACCCGCCUGGCCCUGCUCGCCUGCCAGUCCCCGGGCGGCUCCCCUGGCGGCGGCGGGGAGGAACUGCCCCUGCCCCUGCCCCUGCCGCCGCCCGCCCCCAACCCCGCCCCCGGCGGCGCGGCCAAUCCGGGCGGGGUGGGCGGGGCCGGCGGCCCUGGCGGCCAUGGCGGCGGCGUGGGCGGGGCGGCCCUGGCGGCGGCGCGUGGCGGGAAGGGCGCGUGCCGCGAGUUCUUCUUCGACCGCCACCCGGGCGUCUUCGCCUACGUGCUCAACUACUACCGCACGGGCAAGCUGCACUGCCCGGCCGACGUGUGCGGGCCGCUCUUCGAGGAGGAGCUGGCCUUCUGGGGCAUCGACGAGACCGACGUGGAGCCUUGCUGCUGGAUGACCUACCGCCAGCACCGCGACGCCGAGGAGGCCCUCGACAUCUUCGAGGCCCCCGACCUCAUCUCCGGAGAGCCGCCCGCCGGCGAGACGCCCGACCACGGCGGCGCCGCCAAGCGCCUGGCCAUCGAGGACGUGGGCGCCGGGGGGGCCGCCGCCGCCGCCAACGGCUCCCCCCUCGACGGCCACGGGGGCCGCUGGAAGAGGCUCCGGCCCCGCGUGUGGGCGCUCUUCGAGGACCCCUACUCUUCCCGCGCCGCCAGAUUCAUUGCUUUUGCCUCUUUAUUCUUCAUCCUCCUUUCAAUCACAACCUUUUGCCUGGAAACCCAUGAAGCAUUCAAUACCAUCAUAAAUAAAACAGACCCCACUCUCAACGGCACUGAGGUGGUUCUGCAGUAUGAAAUUGAGACAGAUCCUGCUCUGACAUAUGUUGAAGGAGUCUGUGUGGUGUGGUUUACAUUUGAAUUUUUAGUUCGUGUUGUGUUUUCACCCAACAAAAUUGAAUUCAUCAAAAACCUCUUGAAUAUCAUUGACUUUGUGGCAAUCUUGCCUUUCUAUCUAGAAGUGGGCCUCAGUGGGCUCUCCUCUAAAGCUGCUAAAGAUGUGCUUGGUUUCCUCAGGGUGGUGAGGUUUGUGAGAAUCCUGCGAAUCUUCAAGCUCACCCGACAUUUUGUAGGCCUCAGGGUGCUGGGUCACACAUUACGAGCAAGCACCAAUGAGUUUUUGCUGCUGAUAAUAUUUUUGGCAUUAGGAGUGUUGAUAUUUGCCACCAUGAUCUACUAUGCGGAGCGAAUAGGAGCCAAACCCAAUGACCCAUCAGCUAGUGCACACACAGAGUUUAAAAACAUCCCCAUUGGUUUCUGGUGGGCUGUGGUCACUAUGACCACUCUUGGGUAUGGAGACAUGUAUCCAAAGACAUGGUCAGGCAUGCUAGUGGGUGCUCUGUGUGCUUUGGCUGGGGUGCUGACGAUAGCUAUGCCUGUGCCUGUUAUUGUCAACAAUUUUGGAAUGUACUAUUCCCUGGCCAUGGCAAAGCAGAAGCUUCCAAGAAAGAGAAAGAAGCACAUCCCACCUGCUACUCAGGCAAGUUCCCCUACAUUUUGCAAGACAGACUUGAAUAUGGCCUGCAAUAGCACACUGGGGGAAAUCUGCCUGGGCAAAGAUAACCGGCUGAUGGAACACAAUAAAUCAGUGUUAUCAGGUGAAGACAGUACAGAAAGUGAGCAGCCACUCUCACCUGUGGAAAGGCUCCCACCAAUGAGACGCUCUAGUACCAGAGACAAAAACAGAAGAGAGGGAACAUGUUUCCUACUGACAGCAGGUGAUUACGCGUGUGCUACUGAUGGAGGGAUCAGGAAAGAUAACUGCAAAGAGGUUGUCAUUACUGGUUACACGCAAGCAGAGGCCAGAUCUCUUUCUUAAUGGCAUGGGAAGGCACAAAACAUGAAAGAAAGUGUUAUACAGAAUUUAUCAUGGAUUUUUGACUGCUGAAAAAAGGACAAUGGAAUUUAGCCAUACCAAGGACUGUACUGGAAAGAGACUGCUCCUCCUGAAUGGGCCCUCAUAAGCACCUGCCACCUUGAAGAGCUUGUUAUGAGGAUUACGGAUGAAUUCCAAUUGCUGCUGCCAGCAGACGCAACUGUUAGUCACUAUUGAUGAGUCAGCUGUAAAUAAGAUGUGUGUGCAUGGAAUAUUAGCUUUAGUCAUCUAUGCCAAGGGAUGCUGAAUUCAAAGACAUCAUCUCUGAGACUUUAUGAAAAAAAAGGCCGAGACACCUCUUUAUGUAUUCUUCCUGGUCCCUACAGUAGAUCAUACUGUGGAUCAUACAAAGGCACACAUGUUUUAACAAUAGUGAUGUAAAUGCUGUCUGUUAUAAGUUUCCUCAUAACAACCGUAUUUUUGCAAAGUUUGUAAUUCA